UUCGUUGACAAUUUGCUGUUGUUGUUCUGUCGUUUGCCAGCUGGGCGUGUUUUUAAUAUUUUGAUAUUGAUGCUUAGUUUUUCCAGCAAAUUGAAUUGCGUUUUAACAUAAUUGUGAUAGCACAAUAUAACUGCUAAAUGUGUCAACUGCAAAAGUGUAUAAUUUGAUUUCUUUUCAUACUGAUUUAAAGGCAAAUUGUUUGCAACGCCAUGGCCGUUUUGCCGCCUGAUCCAGUUUUUACGCUGCGCUGCCCGGAGAUGGGACCGGUGAAUUCCAUUUGCUUUCAUCACUGCGAUCGCUUGUUGGCCGGCACCCUUAAGGGUAGCGUUUUCUUGUGGGAUUUGCAGACAAAUCGUUCCGCAUUGCAUUUUGAAGUUGGCCAACAGCCUAUAACUAGUCUUCACCAUACCGACGAUACGCUGAUUACGCAGGAAAAAGGUGGCAGAGUUACUUUGUGGACAAUGUCGAAUAGUGGAUAUGUGCGCGAACGCAACAUUGAAGCCAAUUUCAAUGCAUUCUGCCGUACUGCAUUGUAUACACCGCCUGAGGGCAGCGGUGGACCGCUACUUUUCUAUCCUUGUGAUGAAAAUUCUAUUGGUGUGCUGCAUGUGAAUGACGAUGUUGCUGCGCCAUCACAAAUGCUUGUGCCGGACGAUCCACAAUUGCCAAAAUUGGGGAGCGUAUCUUGUUUCAAACCUUUCGAAAGUGCUUCACAGUUAUUCCUGCUCGCCGGCUAUGAAUCCGGUCAUUUUCUGACAUGGGAUUUAAGUUCGGGCGUCAUUAUAGAUUUGUUACAGUUGGAUCCCGAACCAAUGGCAAUCGAUUACGAUCCACAAACUAAUCGGGGCAUUGUUGGAGGACCUAAUGACAAACUCACCGCCAUUACGUAUCAACGACAAUCAAUGCAAUUGCAAAGAGCCAACGAUAUCGGCAUCAAAAAUGCCGGCAUUAACUGCAUACGCAUACGAGAUGAUCAGAAAGUAUUUGCGAGCGGCGGUUGGGAUGGUCGUGUGCGCAUCUUCUCUUGGAAAAGUUUGCGCCCACUUGCGGUGUUGACUGAACAUAAAACUGCCGGUGGGGGCGGCAUUAUGGAUAUCGCAUAUUCAGAAGGGAAAGUGUCAAUGUGGAAUGCGCGCAUUAUGGCGUCCGCAGGCACCGAUGGGCAGGUUGCUUUAUGGGAUUUAUACAACUGAAUGAAGGAAGAUGCUAUGAACUACAUAUGUAUAUUUCCAAGGCCAUUAGAGCACCAGACGGUGUACACGUUCACAACCUAUGCACACACAUUUUCAUUCAUUAGUACUUACUGUACAUAGAAGUUUGGAACUUAAUUCACAAAAAGCUGACAACAUAAAGUAACCACCAAUGUUAUGGGUAAAUAUUGAAAAU